ACAACAUUGGGACGCAAUAAGUAUUCUUGCGUUAUAUUGUUUUUUGGUGUGCAUUCUUCGAUAGACCUUUGAAGACUGGACGUCAGUAAUGAAGCACGUGAAAGGCUCUAAGCUCGACGCAAACGCGCUAACGCGCAACCUGUACGUGUCAGCAAUAAUCGGGAUGUUGACCGAUUAUGGUUAUGGUCAGGCCUGCCAAGUGCACCACCCAGGAUGCGGAUACCAGAGCUGUCAGCCGGCGUUUUUGCAAUUGGACGCGGUGCUGAGCCAGGCGGCUCGGCAGCCGAUCGACGGACGAAUUCAUCUGCCCAUCCCCGCCGCGCUGCGAUCCGCCGUCACACUGGAAAGCUGGCCGGUGGUGCGCGUCAAUUCCGGCGGCACGGCCACUUUCCACUGCACACCGCUACAGAUAACUCCCGGACCGCGCCCUAACGACCGGGCGGCCGUCUUCUGGCACCAUGACAACGAAUUGCUGGCCUACAGCGGCCGCAAUGAGAAUUACGUGGCAUCCGCCGACAUCCGUCACACGGUGGACUGGGCGGCCGCCUCCGCCACGCUGACCAUGCGCAACGUCACCUGGGCGUCCCGCGGUGAGGUGGCCUGCCAGCAGGAAUGCCCGCCUCCGACGCGGGAAACGCAUCCGUACUGUCCGCUGCAGACCUUCCGCUUGCACGUGAUGCCCACCGCUCGCGAGCUCUUCCCGACGCCGCUGCCCAACGUCACCGUCGUCCGCUCCGGGGAGGCGCGCUUCCAGUGCGCCACCACGCUGACUUUGCCUACCGACUACUUCCACGCUAUGAUGGGCUUCAUCUGGCGCUUCAACACGCAGUGGCUGGAGGCGCCCGCAUUGCACGCGCUGCAUCCGUUCGUGGGCCCGAUGACCACGCCUCCGCCGCGACGCCCCUCCCCCAAGCAUGUCCCACCGGCGCUGCGAGACACCAUGUCCGGGGAGACAUUGGCGGCGUACCGUAUGUUGUACAAUGAGAGCGAGUACUACACCAGCACGCUGGUCAUUCCCGACGUGCAGCUGCAGGCGUCGGCGCGGGUGGAGUGCUGGGUGCAGCCGGAUUAUCAGCGGGAAGUCUGGCUGAUGCAGACGGCGUAUCUCCACGUUAUACCGGCGCCUGAUGCCUAGCUUUGAAGGCUGGUAAUUAGCCGGCACUCUUGGUUUUUGUCUAAAUUACUCGCACAUAUUUGUU